AUGGUUGCACAUCAUGAUAAUAUAGUACGAUUCUUUGAAAUCACACAAGAUCCGAACACCGAAAAAUACUAUAUGGUUCUUCAAUUCGCAAAAAAUGGCGACCUUCAAUAUAUUAGUGCACGAUG